AUGGCAGAUCUUCAGGGCGCGUCUUUCGACGAACUAGAGCAGCCGCCAGGCACAUUCAAGCUGAUUCGAGCUGAUGAGCCUGGUGAACACGGUCAACAAGUCAUCCUCCUAGACCCAGUCCCCACCUCCGACCCAAAUGAGCCAUUGAAUUGGAGGACACUUCGCAAAUCCCUGAACUUCACUCUCGUUUUGGCUAUGACGGUACUCGUUUUCACAGCUCUGUCCAUCCAAGCCAUUUUCUGGCAACAGAUGACUGUUGACAUGAAUGUCUCUUACGAACAGUUGAAUCAAGCAAUGUCUGUCAACUUUGCCGGGCUAGCCACUGGUUGCGUUUUCUUCAUCCCAUUCGCGAGAAAGUACGGCCGACGACCCAUCUACAUCGUUUCCACGGCACUGAUGCUGGGAUCAACAUUAUGGACGGCGAGGAUGAACACAUUGGCAGAGUUGUAUCUCACCAACCUACUUCAAGGGCUGGCGGGUGCUACCAAUGAGGCUAUUGCUGAAAUGACCAGUUUCUUGACGCCCAUGGCUGCCGGAGUCCAGGCUACCCGACAAGGAUGGCGGUCAUCCUACAUGUCAAUGGGGCUGUUCAACGGCGUGUUACUCCUUUGUUUUGUCUUUCUCUACGAAGAGACAAAAUACGUUCCAGUAUUAAUCAGCCAAACUAGAAGCCCGGAGGAAGGCAGAACCGACUCCGCGGAUGCCCAGGCUAAAGAUAACCCCGUCUCAUCCACAUUGGACGAUCCUGCUGAGACCGAGACAACUGCCUCCACCCACGUCUUAGACCAUACCAUCCCGCUCAAGUCAUGGCGCCAGCGAUUGACCCUAGCAACGCCAUCCCCAGAACCACUAUGGCCACACUUCUACCGCCCAGUCCAAGUCCUCGCCUUUCCUAACGUGGCGUUCGUUGCCCUCCAGUACGCCUCCUGUGUCGUCUGGCUAACUGUGAUCUCCAACGUUUCGUCUUUAGCUUUCCCAUUGCCUCCAUAUUCCUUUUCGCCGGAAGCAGUCGGCUACACUGAAACUGGUCCCCUUAUUGGAAACAUUAUUGGCGCGGUAUAUGGCGGAUACCUCGGUGACCGAUCAAUUGUGUAUUACGCACGCCGUAACAAUGGCUACUUUGAGCCUGAGAUGCGUCUGUACAUUCUGCAUAUCCCGGUGAUCAUGCUGGCCGGCGGCCUGAUCAUGUUUGGUGUUACCAUCUCGAAAGGACUGCACUGGAUAUGGCCAACCAUUGCGGGUGCAUUUUUCGGCUUCGGUCUGGGUAGUAUCAGUGACGCGGUAUUGGUUCUCGUCAUGGACAGUUAUCGCGAUAUCACCGGUGAAGCAUUCACAGCGGUGACAUUUAUGCGUAACGCAGUGAGCAUAGGAAUUCCGUUUGCGAUCACACCUUGGAUGGAGCGCCAGGGAACUCAGAAUAUGUUUAUUGUGUCUGGGUUUGUCAGUCUUGCUGUCUCGGCGACCAUCAUCCCAGUGGUGCUCUGGGGGAAGUUCUAUCGCCGUGCUUCGGCGGCUCGGUAUCGCGAGCUGGUGGAAAACCAAGAAGAAUAG